AAGCUAUGGUAUUAUUAACCCUUGUGUAUCAUUCCAGAGCAGGUAAAAUUUACCACAACAAUUGACUUCUUAUCAUUCGAGAAAAUGAAUUUCCUGAUCUACGUAUUAAGUUUUAUUUCACUAUGGGAGGCUGCUAGAGCCUACUUCAUCACAGUUGAUGCUCAUGCAGAAGAAUGUUUCUUUGAGAGAGUCACAGCUGGCACAAAGCUUGGUCUUGCAUUUGAGGUGGCCGAGGGUGGCUUCUUGGACAUCGACCUCCGCAUUAUAGGACCUGACAACAAAGUCUUGCAUGAAGGAGAGCGAGAGAGCAAUGGAAGGUACACAUUCCCUGCUGCUAUGGAUGGUGUGUACACGUACUGCUUCUCCAACAAGAUGUCCACCAUGACCCCCAAGUCCAUUAUGUUUUCCAUGGACGUUGGUGACAGUGACGAGAAAAAAGAACAUGGCGAGGUUGAAGCUGCAAACGACACGGUGCACGUGCUGCCUAAAUUCGAGCCCAGACAAGAGAGCUUCAAUGAGAGCGUUGCGUUCUCCAACUUCACUUACUCGUUCCGUUCUUUUGGUGGAGGCGACAACAAGCUGGAAGACAUGAUCAAGGAGCUGUCGGCCGCCUUGUCAGGCGUCAAGCACGAGCAAGACUACAUGGAGGUGCGGGAACGCAUCCACCGCUCCAUCAAUGACAACACCAACUCCAGGGUGGUCAUGUGGUCCUUCUUUGAAGCCGUCGUGCUUGUGUCCAUGACUCUAGGUCAGGUGUACUACCUCAAGCAGUUCUUCGAGGUGCGCCGAGUGGUCUAGUCUUGUGCCUCUGUCCAUAGAUACUUUGUAGUCACCAUCCUACGACGGUCGUUACAAGGAUAUAGGAAAACAGUGAGCAUCAUACGACGGUCGUUACAAUGAUAUAGGAAAACAGUCAGCAUCCUACGUGGUCGAUGAUAUAGGAAAACAAGUCCUGCGUUGAUAUGAUGGAUUUUAUUAUUGUCUAUGCUUGGCGGGAAUUUCUUCUUGAGCAUUUAUUUCUGAAUGAAAUUAAGGUUGAAGCUUUGUUAUUGUUUUUUUUUUGUUAAGAUUUAACCACAGUUUGAGGUUUGUGCUAGAUGGUCUAGUAAUACAUUGGGCGUUCUCGCACCUUAUGACCAAGUGGAGAUAAGGAAAUAGAAUUUAUGUUAAUUAGUAGUGUUUUGGUAGCACUAGCACCCCACUGGGCGUAGUAAGGGUCCAGUGUGGCAAUCUUGCUUGGUAUAUCUCGUCUCUUGGAGGUAUGCAGGAAAAUCCUGGAACGUGUCAAUGCGUGUUCAUUUGACACUUGCUUGUCCAAGAUGUUUGGAGAACACUCGUUGAAAAAGCCUGAUCCGCGGCACAGCUCAAGCGAUUGCUUUCUAACUACGCUUUGAAUUGCAAACUUUGAUGAAAUUUUGUCAAUAUAGUAUAUUAUUUGCUCUUAGAAUCGUGUUAAAUUUUCAAGAAUUUAUUGGGGAGUAUUAAUAUUUAUGCGUUAUUUUUGCCGUAAGCCUGUUUUCUGUAUUCCAUUUAUUUUAGUUAGGCGAUGAACGGUUGAUGGGAAGCUAAUUGUGAAACUCUAAAUACCUGUAUUAUUAGCCUUAAGUCGGUCCACAGACACUAGCAGGCGAUUACUCAAUGAAUGCUUUACAAGCAUGGCAAAAAAAUUCUAUUCGAUAUUGAAGCUUCUGCUACAUCUUCUUUUAUCUUUCCGCUGCUGGAGGUGAAAAGUUUUUUGGUUGUAGGUUAUAGUGUACGACUUCAGUGGUUGCAAGAAAAUUUUAAUUUGGAUAUUAUGACUCUCCUUGAUCACCUAGUGUAAUGAAAAGUUGUCUGUCACUUCAUAAAACUUUCAAUAAAACAAUAAUAAAAAAACUC